GCUUGUCAUGACUAGCAGAUACUAGCAGAGGGAAGGUUCCUCCAUGUUAAUGUUUGACAGGAGAGAAGGAGGGCUGAGGCGGGAACCACUCUUUCUUUCAGGCAGACACGGGUUUAUCUGUUUUCUGUUUGUUUUUACCUUAGUAUGCGGCCUCUGCUGACUGCAUAGCAGGGAUUCGAGUCUUCGGAAGAGUCGCCGGGGGAAUAAAGGAACGCUCUUCAGGGAACCAUGGAGGUCCUCGUCCUCAUCGACUUCGAGGGCAACAUGCGAGACGAAAUGACGAUCCAUGUGGGGGACGUGGUGAAGAACGUCACCAAGGCGACGGAAGAGGGCUGGCUGGAGGGCGAGCUGAGGGGGAAGCGGGGGAUAUUCCCCGCCCACUUCGUCAAGGAGGUGCCCGUGUACCUGGUAGGGGACAGCAAACGGGAGCCACGGAGCCUACGAAAAUCGAAAGUGGCGAAGCAAACGCGAAAGUGUGAGGUGGCCUAUGCGUACACUCCCAUAAAUGACGAUGAACUGGAGCUGGCUGUGGGAGAGACCAUAGAAAUCAUUAAAGAGAUUGAAGAUGGCUGGUGGAUGGGCUUGAAAAAUGGGAAGAUCGGUGCUUUUCCUUCGAAUUUCGUCAAAGAGAUUUUUGUCACCCCAAAAGAUGCCAAAGUAAAUGAGGGAAAGUCCCGGCCGAAGCUCUCAGAGGCAGUGUUCAGUAAGGAGAUAAAACCACAACAACAAAGGGCAAGUGUGAGGAAUAAAGUCAACACUGUGAAGGAAUGCUGUCAGGUUAUGUUUGACUAUACUGCGGUUACGGACGAUGAGCUGAAUCUGAAAAAGGGAGAUGUCGUUACAAUCAUAACCAAGGAGACGGAGGACGAGGGCUGGUGGGAAGGAGAGCUGAACGGUCAGAGGGGCUUUUUUCCCGACAACUUUGUUAUGGUGAUUCCGACGGACACCUUCCAACCUGGAAGUGGGAGUCAGCCCCCAAUGAGGCGUGGGACAGAGCGACACUCAGUCAAGGCAGAGGCCUCGCCGAUGGACAAGAAGACGCCGGAGCACAGCAGCUCAGACCCUGCCUCAAAGAGCGACGCAAAAGAUGAGAAGACAGACUCUAAAGACCUGAGGAGUGACCCCCCAAACAAAGUGAUGCUCCCCGGAAUGAGAAAAGCACCCCCUCCCCCAGUGAAGGACAAGCCACACAAAUUUCUGCCAAACAAGACCAAUGGAGACCCUCCCUGCUCUUCACCAAAGCACACAGAGGACAAAUCAAAAGAAAAAGAGGUGGACCAGCUGGAUGGAGUGGAGGUGUCCUCAGCGAAACUGAGUCACCCCACGGCUAACAGAGCAAAACCACCACACCGCAGACCUCCGUCCACUCUGGCUGUUGGCCCACAGGACUCAGAAAACCAUCUGUCCUCACCCACGAGGAGUGAACAGCCCUUCCAGCUUCCCAAACUGUCAUCACCCCUGAAGCCAGUCGCUCCCAAGCCAGGAGCGGAGCCCAAACCCGACCCAAAACCUGAAGUGAAACCAGACCCCAAACCGGACCUGAAACAAGACUCCAAACCCGACUCUAAGCUCAAUGGCAAACCCGGCCUCAAGGGGGUCCAGGAGAAUCAGGGUUCCACAGAGGACCUGCGGGCGGAGGUCCGAGAGCUGAGCAUGGCCCUGGAAUUACUAAAGAACCGGCACCAGAGUGACAUUGAAGAAUUAAAGGAGGAGCUGAGGGAAGAGAGAGCCAAGCGCAUGGCAUUGCAGGACGAGGUGCAACUUCUGAAGAAAACAAUCCACCACUGAUGACGCAGAACAAAAAAAGGGGAAAAUUUCCUUAUUUUUUUUUACCACAUUACCUCUACCUACAGGAACUUGAUGGAUUGUGUUUUCCACCAUUACAACAGAUAAGAAAAAAAAUGGGUACCUAUUUCAUGCCAAAGGCUGAACACUGAUGGCUUUUGUACCUUAAGAUCGGCAAGGUCACAGAGGUUCACCCUGAUACUUGGUCUAGUGGGCCAAGUUCUGGGCUUGAUGAACAAAAAGAAUGACUAGAUCAAAGACUGCCAAUAAAGAGAGUGUUUUUGUAGUGUAUUGAUGAAAACUGUGUGUCGUUUGCAAAAUAUGCAGAUCUUUGAAGCUGAUACUGUAGAUGUUCCUCUGUGACAUGACUAGAAAAUCUUUCUCAAUAUUCUUCUUACUAAACUACUGCUCAAUAAUUUUGUCUGUCAGGGUGGGGGCUUUUACAUUGGGCUUUUACUACCUGUAAGCUGAAAAAUAUGAAAUAUUAUGCAACAUGAAAAUGCCAUUUUAAUUCCUGUGUAUUAUACUAUGUGUAACAUGUCAUGAAUAUCUAAGUUCACAUAAGUGUCCUUUUUCAUAAAGGAAGACAAAGACCAUGCUUUAUCUUUUAUACAAGUUAAUCAUUACAAUAAGUAUUUAUCUGAAAGAU